AUGCGGUUUAUAAAAUCCCUCGUCCUCCGAUCUGGAUUCUCCAAACCCGUUCGAACAAGCCAGCUGCAGCUGCUUCAAACGAGAUCGUUAACAUCGUCCUUCCGUGGGGUCGCCGUCAAUACCCGCCAGCUUCCAACACCUGCCCAAUCCCGUUAUCGCCGCCCUGCGAAAAUGGAUAUAAACACCGCCAUCACCCCGCCCAUCAGCCUGACCGCUGCCGAUACCGCCAGAUUCACCACUCUCGCAGAACCAAAGAUGCUCGUCAAAUCUCCCGGGUCGCAUGACCCAAAUACACAAUCGAAUUACUUGAUAUUCUACCCCUUGCAUAAUAAGGUUUCGAUAACCAUCGAUUUCGAGAAGAAGAGAUUUUUGGGCGAUAUCACCACUCAGUUCGAGUGCAGACAGCAAGGUAAUUGUGAUGAGAUCUUGCUAGAUACCAGAGAUGUCGAAGUACAGGGCGUGGAGAUCCUCAGUGGACCUGGAUUGAAGGGCUGGAGUCUUGGGGAAGAGGCAAAGAAGGGCAACUAUGGCAGGCAAUUAAAAAUCUCCUUGGUCAAUGGAGUAGACUAUCAAAGUAAAGUGACCGCGAAGAUUAACUUCGCGACCACCGUCAAAUCUGCCGCCCUUCAAUGGCUCACGCCUGAACAAACUACAAAUGGCAAAUUCCCUUACGUAUUCUCGCAAUGCGAACCAACUUACGCUCGUACAAUCUUCCCAUGUGCAGAUACUCCGGCUGCUAAGUCUACAUACGAGUUCUCCGUCAGGUCCCCUUUGCCAGUACUGUGCUCGGGUCUGCCAACGACUGUUGGAUCGUUUGAUAAGAAGUCUGGGUCUCUGCUCUAUGGAUACGAACAAAAGGUUCCAAUCCCUUCUUAUCUCUUUGCUUUGGCUUCUGGAGAUAUCGCUGGAACAAGGGUUGGUCCACGAAGUUGGGUAUGGGGGGCCGCCGAAGAGCUUGUGACCCUCAAAGCCGAGCUGGACGGAGAAGUCGAGAAGUUCAUCUCUAUUGCCGAGGAUAUUACGGAUAGUGAAUAUGCUUGGGGUACAUAUAACGUCUUGAUUCUACCACCAAGUUUCCCGUUCGGUGGUAUGGAGAAUCCAGUGUUCACAUAUGCUACACCAAGUAUUAUCAGCGGAGAUAAGGAAAAUAUCGACGUUAUUGCCCAUGAGUUGGCACACAGCUGGAGCGGAAACCUUGUCACAAACGCUACAUUCCAGGACUUCUGGCUUAACGAAGGCUGGACGGUUUACCUAGAACGCCGUAUCGGCGCUGCCAUCCACGGCGAGAAGUUCUUCGACUUUUCCUCCAUCAUCGGCUGGAAAUCCCUUGAAGAAUCAGUGAACGAAUAUGGCCCAGAUCACGAAUUCACAAAACUCGUUCCUAACCUCGUCGACCAAGAUCCAGAUGAUUCCUUUAGCUCUAUACCCUAUGAGAAAGGCUUCACUUUCCUAAGGAAGCUGGACAAACUCGUCGGCCGUGAGAAGUGGGAUAAAUUCAUCCCACACUAUUUCAAGACAUUCAGGGGCAAGAGUUUGACAAGUAAUGUAUUCAAGGAGACACUCCUUGCUUUCUUCGAAAACGAUCCCGAGGCCCAUAAGGCCCUAACGACAAAGGUCGAUUGGGAUAAGGAAUAUUACUCCCCCGGGCUUCCAGAGAAGCCAGAUUUCGACACCAGCAUGGUAGAUAUUUGCUACGAGCUGGCAAAGAAGUGGAAGAAUAAGGAUUUGCUGGGAUUUGAACCCACACCGAACGACAUGGACGGAUGGACCGCCAACCAGAAGGUCGUUUUCUUGGAUAAAUUGACCUCGUAUGAUCCGUUCAGCACGAAGGACGUCGAUCUCUUGGCAAAGACAUACGGCUUCGAUAACAGCGGAAACAUGGAAGUGGUAUUUAGAUUCUAUAGCGUGGCUUUGAAGGCUAAAUAUGAGAAAUAUUACGAGCCAGCAGCGAAGUGGGUGCAGGGUAUCGGAAGAAUGAAGUACUGCAGGCCGACAUAUAGAAGCCUGGCUGCGUGCGAUAAGGAGUUGGCAGUGAAGACUUUCAGGGCGAGAGAGUCGUGGUAUCAUCCUUUGUGCCGAGCCAUGGUUAAGAAGGAUCUUGGACUCGAUGAUUAG